UUCUAGAGAGAGAAAGAGAAAGAGAGAGAAAGAGAAAGAGAGAGAGAGUGCGAGAUCUGAUCGGAAGCAAGGUAAACGAGCUUUGAAACCCUACUGUUUCUUUCUCUCUUGUUGCGUGUUUACGGUUUUGGUUCUUCGUUUCGCUCUUGGUUCGGUGAAGGUUCCGAGUGAAACCUAGGGAUUUGGGGUAUUGAUUUGGUGGUAGAAGGAAGCCCUAGAAAUUCUAGGGUUUUGUCUUGCGUGAUUCUUUUUGAUUUGUGGUUGUGUAAAACCCUAGAAUUUUGGGGAUUUGCGAUUGGUUUUGGACUUAGGGUUUUGGAUGUAUGGCUUCGGGGUCUAUAGCUGGAGGAGAUGAUGGUGCGAGAGAGAAGAAGAGAUACAAGGAGAGUAAGGUCUAUACAAGGAGAGCAAAGAAAACCCCAAACGUUGGGAACACCGUUGCUCCCGUCACCACAACUACUAAAAACGACGACUCCACCGCCACUGUCAAGAACACCAACACCUAUGAGGCCAAGAGCAAUAGCAAUGAUGUUUUGGCUCAUCUACCCGCACCACCUGUGGUGCAGGAGGAUGAGAAUUUGGCUCAGCCGCAAGUGAGUUCAAUAUUGGAAGAUACGGAUUCGGCUCAGCCGCAAGUGAGUACAAUAUUGGAAGAUGGGAAUUCGGCUCAGCCGCAAGUGAGUCCAAUAUUAGAGGAUGGGAAUUCGGCUCAGCCGCAAGUGAGUCCAAUAUUGGAGGAUGGGGAUUCAGUUCAGCAGCAGGCGAGUUCAAUAUUGGAGGGUAGGAAUUCACCUCAGCCGCAAGUGAGUCCAAUAUUGGAGGAUGGGGAUUCAGUUCAGCAGCAGGCGAGUUCAAUAUUGGAGGGUAGGAAUUCACCUCAGCCGCACGUGAGUUCAGGAUUGGAGGAUGGGAAUUCACCUCAGCCGCAAGUGAAUUCAGGAUUUGAGGACGGGAAUUCUCCUCAGCCGCAAGUGAGUCCAAUAUUGGAAGAUGGGGAUUUGGCUCAGCAGCAAGUGAGUCCAAUAUUGGAGGAUGGGAAUUUGGCUCAGCCGCAGGUGAGUUCAAGAUUGGAGGAUGUGAAUUUGGUUCAACCGCAAGUGAGUUCAGGAUUGGAUGGUGGGAAUUCACCUCAGCCGCAAGUGAGUUCGAGAUUGGAGGGUGGGAAUCCGCCUCAGCUGCAAGUGAGUUCAAGAUUGGAGGGUGGGAAUUUGCCUCAGCUGCAAGUGAGUUCAAGAUUGGAGGAUGGGAAUUCGCCUCAGCUGCAAGUGAGUUCAAGAUUGGAGGAUGGGAAUUCGCCUCAGGCUCAAGUGAAUUCAAGAUUGGAGGAUGGGAAUUCGCCUCAGCCUCAUGUUAGUUCAAGAUUGGAGGAUGUCAAUUUGCCUCAGGCGCAAGUGAUUUCUGGAUUGGAGGAAGGGAAUUUGCCUCAGGCGCAAGUGAUUUCAAGAUUAGAGGAUGGGAAUUUGCCUCAGUUGCCGGUACUGCCGGUUUCUGAUGACUCGUGCAGCCAUCAGCAGGAUGAACCUUCUAGCCUCAAUGUUCAGAAGGAGGGUGAUGGACCUUCAAGCCCUAGCUGUAGGCAGGAGGAAGUUCCUAUCACCCGGGACCUACCUGUAGGGAAUGGGGCUGUGGAGCCACAGCUGGAAGACCGAAUUAAGAUCAGUUUGGCCUCAAAGUCAAAGCAGGAGAUGUGGGAGCUAAGACAGAAGCUUGAAAGUGAGCUUGAUGUUGUGAGAAGUUUGGUCAAGAGGAUUGAAGUGAAACAGAGGCAGAUUGGUGUGUAUGGAAAUUCAAAUGUGUUGGUGGGUUAUGGGGUUGAUAAUGGGGGUGGAGCAAAGCGUGCUCAGUCGGAGGUGGCAUCUGCUGGUGUUCCACGACUAACUACCAGGCCUUUGCACCAGUUAAGUUUGUCAAUGUUAGAGAAUAGUCAGGGGGUCAGUGAAAAUGUUGAGAAGGAGAAGAGAACGCCUAAAGCAAACCAAUUUUAUCAUAACUCAGAGUUCUUGCUUGCUAAAGAUAAAUUCCCACCUGCAGAGAGUAACAAGAAGUCAAAAUUGAAUUGGAAGAAGCAAGGUAGGGGAGAAAUGGGACAUGGGCUUGGGAUGGCAUCCAAGUUUUUCAAGAGCUGUAGCUCACUGCUUGAAAAGCUGAUGAAACACAAGCAUGGUUGGGUGUUUAAUGCUCCUGUUGAUGUUGAGGGUCUUGGUUUGCAUGAUUAUUUUACUAUUAUCACUCAUCCAAUGGACUUGGGAACUGUGAAGUCAAGGCUGAACAAGAAUUGGUACAAAUCACCGAAGGAAUUUGCAGAGGAUGUGAGACUCACUUUUCGAAAUGCAAUGACAUAUAAUCCAGAGGGACAAGAUGUUCAUAUAAUGGCAGAGCAGCUAGCAAAGAUAUUUGAGGACAGAUGGGCUAUAAUAGAGUCAGAUUACAAUCGUGAGAUGAGAUAUGGCAUAGAUUUUGGGGCAUCUCCCCCUGCACCUUCACCUUUGUCUAGAAAGCUUCCUUCAUUUCCUCCUCCGCCCCUUGAUAUGAGAAGGAUUUUGGAUAGAUCAGAAUCAUUGACACAAACACCAAAACCCAUGAGCAUUACUCCAUCAAGUAGAACCCCAGCUCCAAAAAAGCCAAAGGCAAAAGAUCCUCAUAAAAGAGACAUGACAUAUGACGAAAAGCAAAAAUUAAGCACAAACCUAGAGGGUUUACCUCCUGAGAAGCUUGAAGUUAUUGUACAAAUCAUGAAGAGGAAAAAUUUAGCACUUGGUCAACAUGACGAUGAAAUUGAAGUGGACAUUGAUAGUGUGGAUGUUGAGACUCUCUGGGAGCUUGAUAGAUUUGUGACCAACUAUAAGAAAAGUUUGAGCAAAAACAGGAGGAAGGCUGAACUUGCUCGAGCUAGAGCAGAAGCUUUACAGAAUGCCAUCCAAAAGAGCCAGCCACCAGCUAUGGUAGAGAUUCCAAAAGAAACACAAAUAGAUGAAAGAAAUGUUCCCCCGUCCUUACCUGUGCAAGAGGGAAAUCAAGCAGAUAAUGGGAGUAGAUCAAGUAGUUCAAGCAGCUCAAGCAGCGAUUCUGGAUCUUCUUCAAGUGAUUCUGAUAGUGACAGUUCCUCAGCAUCUGGAUCUGAUGCAGGGUCACAAGGGACUUGAAUAUACUGUGUCAGAUGUCAGAUAUUAGGAGUAGAUAAUGAUUCGACGCUUGCCUAGUUGGAAUUUUGAAUCUUCCAGAUUAUGGAUCUAAAUUUAACAGUUGGGUGACAGAGGACGAAUUCUGAAGGCCGCCAAUGAUCCUGCCUAUGCAGCAUGGGAUUUUUUCUUACCAUUUGUUGGAAAUGUUGCUCCAAUGCUACUGGUGGCCUUGUUGGGACUCUGACACGAAUUCAUGUAUAUUAUUUGGUAGAAUGUGAUGAUAAUUAGGUAUUUUGUUUUUCGUAGCAUGUGUACAUUGCUAACUAAUGCUGCAGCGUUCAUUGAUGACGUGUUUUCUUUGUGUUAGCAGAUUCAGGAUUCUUGGUGUUAUACAAAGAUAAUAUGUAAUUCCUGGUUCUUAAAAAUAUCAUUCCAUGUAGUUUACAACUGUGAAAAU